CUUGGAAUUUUUCGGGUCCCUCCCACGCUGGCGGAAAAAUUGGCAUUAUGGGAUAAAGGCGGAAUAUAUUUGGGAGGUUCCGGAUUCCCUAGAUUGGCCUGGAAUAGGUAGAAACAGGACGUCCUAAGUAAUUAUUUAUUUACGUACAUUAAUCAGAGUUGGCUUGAGACCAGAAAAAUGUCUCAAUCUGCAGAAAAGGGGAAGUUUCCCGAGGCAGCAGGAUAUGUGGGCUUUGCAAACCUGCCUAACCAGGUCCACAGGAAGUCUGUGAAGAAGGGCUUUGAGUUCACAUUGAUGGUUGUGGGGGAGUCUGGUCUGGGGAAGUCUACUCUGAUCAACAGUCUGUUCCUGACGGACCUCUACCCCGAACGCUACAUACCUGGGGCUGCAGAGAAAAUUGAGCGAACUGUGCAGAUUGAAGCAUCCACCGUAGAAAUAGAGGAGCGGGGGGUGAAGCUUCGCCUGACAGUGGUGGAUACGCCUGGGUACGGAGAUGCAAUCAACAGCCAGGAUUGCUUCAAGACCAUCAUCCAAUAUAUUGACAACCAGUUUGAACGCUACCUCCAUGAUGAGAGCGGCCUGAACCGGAGACACAUCGUGGACAACCGUGUUCAUUGCUGCUUUUACUUCAUUUCACCCUUUGGCCAUGGACUCAAACCCCUCGAUGUAGAAUUCAUGAAGGCCAUCCACAGCAAAGUGAACAUUGUGCCCGUCAUCGCCAAGGCUGACACGUUGACACUGAAGGAACGAGAUCGCCUGAAGAGAAGGAUUCUGGACGAGAUCGCAGAGCAUGGAAUUCGUAUCUACCAGCUCCCGGACGCUGACUCAGAUGAAGAUGAGGAGUUCAAGGAGCAGACACGUGUGUUAAAGGCCAGUAUUCCAUUUGCAGUCAUCGGAUCCAACCAACUUAUUGAGGUGAAGGGGAAGAAGAUCCGGGGCCGGCUGUAUCCCUGGGGGGUAGUGGAGGUGGAGAAUCCCGAACACAACGACUUCCUCAAGCUGCGCACCAUGCUUGUCACCCACAUGCAAGACCUCCAGGAGGUGACCCAAGACCUGCACUAUGAGAACUUCCGCUCCGAGAGGUUGAAGAGGGCAGGCAGGGCUGUGGAGGAAGAUGUCAUGGACAAGGACCAAAUCCUCAUGCAGAAAGAGGCUGAGCUGCGCCGAAUGCAGGAGAUGAUUGCAAUGAUGCAGGCGCAGAUGCGAAUGAAGCCAGGAGAUGAGUGAGAGGUGAACAGCACCCCAACCCCCAACUUCAGGCCCUCCGAGCACAGACCACUACCUGGACGAUUCCCUGUGUGUGUGCCCUCCCCCCACUGGAGCAGCCCCUCCCCCCACUGGAGCAGCCCCUCCCCCCACUGGAGCAGCCCCUCCCCAUGUUCAUGACUUUGUGGUAACCCCACUAUAGUUCUGGAAGAGCCCCAGCAAACCAGCUGUCAUAUCAUCAGUGUUAGGCCUCAUUGGAGGGGUACAUUUUGAAUACUCAGACAUUAAAUGCAUUUCAUUAGGAAAUGUUAAAGUUUAGAACAACAGAAUUUAAGUGUCCUGUCUUGGUAGUGAAAAUAAACGUGUUUCCUCUUAAUGUCACAUAAUCUGUAAAUUUGAGGGUACUGAAGUUGUACAAACAUAUCUAAUCUAGUACAGACAUUCUACCUUAGCCAAUGAUUUUUGAUUUUAUUUUAUUUUUUCAUGGUACCAAAAUAAAUACCUCAUACCCUAAA